GUAGCGUGGGCACGUACUUUAGAGCCCGCCCCCCUGUCUGGGUAACGGCGUGUGUGACCUAACACGUACCGUGGGCGGAGCUACUGAGGGAGCCGUGAGUGGUGGAACGCAGGGGGGGGGAAGAAACCCCCUCGUGUUGCUGAGCAAUGGACCCGUCCGGCCCAGUUCCUGCCCGGCACUGAGCGAGUUGGGAGGCUGCAAGUCCGCCUUGCGGGGGUGCAUGUAGCGCCGAGCGGUGUUUCGGUGCAAGAGAGAGGCGCCGGGAGAGAGCGCGGCCAUGGAUGAGAGCGCUCUGCACAUUAAGGAAGAGCCGUGUGAGACCGGGCAGAGUGAGGUUCUGGCGGAGGGGCAACUCAAUGUGGCCAAGGAAGAGGAUGUCACGGAGGACUGGGGGGGCGAGGCAUUUGCUGAAGAGGAGAUGGAGGAUUAUACCCCGGGGAGGGGCAGCUGCGGAUUUAUAUGCCCAGAGUGUGGGAAAACCUUUGAGUCUCAGUUCCUGCUGAGCGUCCAUCAGGCAGCGCACACAGAAGGGGCCCAUGUCUGUCCCAAGUGCGGCAAAACCUUUGUACAACGCUCCUCUCUUGUGCGCCACCAGUCCUUGCCCUGCGCGGGGGGUUGUGAACUUUCCGCCACUUACUCGCCCCUCGAUGACCGGCAGACUUACAAAUGCGGAGUGUGUCACAUGGUGCUGCCAGGGCCCAAUGAGCUGCGGAGACACCUGGGAACUCACAGAGGAGCGCGACGUUACACGUGCAAAGAGUGCAACCGCACCUUCAGCUGCGACUACUUCCUGCUGCGCCACCAGAGGACUCACACCGGCGAGCGCCCCUUUGUCUGCCCCCAGUGCAACAAGAGCUUCAGCUGCAGCUCCGUGCUGGACCGGCACCAGCGCUUGCACAUCGGGCUCCAGCCGUACAAGUGUGAGGUGUGUACCAAGCGCUUCAGCCAGAGGGCCAGCCUGGUUAUCCACAUGCGAACCCACACCGGAGAGCGCCCCUAUUCCUGCCAGGUGUGUGGGAGAGGGUUCUGUUCCGGCCCGGCUCUGAUCCGCCACGAGCAGAACCACCGGCAGGGCAAGCUGCGCACAGCACAAGGGAAUCGGGAAAAUGGAGCAAACGACGACACCGUGAAAUGGAAACUGCCCAAAAUCCUGCUGAGAAAAGCUGCCGACGGCUUCUCCUUUACCGCUGUGGGGGACAGGAAGUGGGUGGAACAGCAGAUGGAUUGUGGGAGGAUACAAGGGAAACUGGUGAUGGAAAUGCACAUUGAUCAUGAGAAGCUGGAUAUAAAGAAAGACUAUGAUGAAGUUCCAGGAGGAGAAGGCGCUCUCCUCGCACAGAGUCCAGUUAAGUUAGAGAACAUUCUGGGACACGGCACCGGCAGUUCACGGCAGCGCUCAGAAGCCACAGACAGCGGUGAUGGGGGUCGCAGUGGUGCCAAAAGGUUCCCCAUGCACCAACGGACACGUGCCGGGGAGAGGCCUUUCAUUUGCAGGGGCUGCGGGAAAAGCUUUGGCCACCAAUCGUCUCUCGUACGGCACCGGCGGUCCCACUGCAGCCGCGGGUUUGUGGCGGGUAAUAUGAGUGGGGGCCUGGCCCAGCCUGUGUAUAAAUGUGGGGUCUGCAGCGCAGCCUUCCCGGAUACCGCGCAGCUAAAGAGGCACCUAAGCAGCCACAGCGGGGAGCGGAGAUACUGGUGCAAGGACUGCGGGCGCAGGUUUAACUCCAACUACUUCCUGGUCCGGCACCAGCGGAUCCACACUGGCGAUAAACCCUUCCAGUGCCAGGUUUGCCAGAGAGCCUUCUCCCAGAAGACCACCCUAGUGAUUCACCUGCGGUCCCACACGGGGGAGCGCCCCUACCUGUGCCAAGUGUGUGGCAAGGGCUUCUGCUCUCGCUCAGCCUUGGUCCGACAUCAUCACAGCGAGAAGGACAAAGAGAGAGGUGGGCACCAGAGCAAGUCGAAGGCAUCGCAGAACAAGCGGAAGGCGCCACCGAGGCCCAGGGGGGGCACGGCUGCUAAACGGAAGAAACCAAGCAUAGUGGAUGAGGCAAACAUGCGUAAGGUAGUGAUACACGACGAGGACUUCGAGAUCAUCCACACCCCCGCCCCCAAGGGGAGCGGCCGGACCUACGUGGCGUGCCCAGACUGCGGCAAGACCUUCAAGUCCCAGACGCAUUUAACCAUCCACAGUCGCAUGCACACGGGGGAAAGGCCCUUCUCCUGCGCCUGCGGCAAAAGCUUCGGCCACCGCUCCACUCUCAUACGGCACCGAAACUUCCACUGCGACGUGAAAUCCGAUAUGGUCAUCCCGACCCACGCGGCCACGCCCGCCCAGCGCAUUUAUAAAUGCGGCAUCUGCCACUCAAACUUCCCGAGCACCGGCGAGCUGAAGAAGCACUUGGGCAGCCACACGGGGGAGCAGCGCUACACGUGCGCGGACUGCGGCCGCACCUUUAACGGGAACUUUUAUCUGGUGCGCCACCAGCGCACCCACACCGGCGAGCGCCCCUUCGUCUGCCAUCGCUGCAACAAAAGCUUUAAAUGCAGCUCGGUCCUGUACCGGCACCAACGCACGCACUACGGGGAGAUGCCGUUUAAAUGCGAGGUUUGCGACAAAGGCUUCUCCCAAAAGACCAGUCUGAUUAUCCACCAAAGGACGCACACAGGAGACCGCCCCUACUUGUGCCACAUCUGCGACCGCAGCUUUUGCUCCAGCUCCGCCCUCUCCCGACACGAGCAAAGUCACAUAUAUGAUGGAAUCACCUCAGUGCAGAGCGUUCUGGAGCAGCAGCCAGAAGAGGCAGACUUUGCUAACGGCUCUAUCGGGGAGGAGGCCAGCGAGGCUGGGGAGUUCCGCGAUGCAUCUAAAGGCGGGGAGUUCUGGGAGGGCAGCGACCAAUCCCUCGAUUCGCUGAAAGACAAAAGCGGCGAGGCGGAUUUCCAUAACGGCGCUGAGGGCGGCUGGGAGGAUCCAGAUCCGGCUCCGCCCCUGCCCCUGGAGAAAAGCGAUGAUGACCUGCAGAUUAUUGAAGUGGAGAACGAGGAAGGGGGAUUUAUCUGCCCCGAAUGUGGCAAAUUCUUUAACUCCCAGUCUCUGCUGCAGCGGCACCAGAAGGUUCACGCCGCCCCCAACCAUUUCAUCUGCCCGUACUGCGGCAAGGCCUUCAGCCAAAGCUCGUCUCUAGAGCGCCACCAGAGCUCCUACUGCAAACUGCGGCCCGUGGUGGCCCCCAACAGCGCCAUCAAGGUCAUUCCGGCCGUCCAGCCCCUCAACAAGUGCGGCAUUUGCGACGUGGCCUUCCCCAACCGCAACGAGCUGCGGAAACACCUGGCCAGCCACACGGGGAACGAGCCCUACAUGUGCAAAGACUGCGGGCGCACCUUCAGCUGCAACUACUUCCUGGUGCGCCACCAGCGGGCACACACCGGCGAGCGCCCCUUUGUCUGCCCCGAGUGCAACAAGAGCUUCCGCUGCAGCUCCGUGCUGUACCGCCACCAGCGCUCGCAUUCCGGGGAGCUGCCGUUUAAAUGCGAGGUUUGUGACAAGGGCUUUGGGCAGAAAAGCACCCUCAUCAUCCACCUGCGGACACACACGGGGGAGCGCCCGUACCCCUGCCCGGCCUGCGGCCGCUGCUUCUGCUCCAGUUCUGCUCUGGCCCGGCACGAGCAAACUCACAAGAAGCAGAACCCGGACAUUAAAGACCUGGCCUGGAAGGACGGAACCUCCUAGUUUCCCUGCCAGCUCUUUGGGGCUCAUUGCCUGAAAUCGCCUUUUUUAUAUGCCGUUUCCUUUCUUACCAAGCAGCGCUCUUACUUCCCGUGGGUUUCAUAUAAUCGCUUUCAGUGUUCGGUGGUUUUCUUUGCUCUGCCUCAGCUCAGCUUUCUUAAAUCGACUACGGUCCUAGCUCAGUCAGUCCCAUGCCUCUCCUGCCAGCAGUGCUGCAAACGAUCUGCCUUGUGUCUAUGAGACUAGUGCUCUGAGUGUAUGACUAGAAUCCCUUCCUUUAUUUUUAUUUUUUUUUUUUUUUUGAGAAGUGAGUAGCAGGAAUUACACCCCCCCUGUGCCCCAAGCCCACACAGUGCUUUAAUGCUAGCAGAACUAUGUAAGUAUAAAAGCAAUAAACAUUCAUAACCUAGAGUCCUGCUGAGCAGCUUGUGUGCCUUGCUUUGAUUGGCUCAGUGGGGUUACGCUAGCCACACCCCCUCUGUGCCCCAGGGCUGGGGAGAGGAGGAAUAUACUAUAGGCUCUAGGGGAAGCUGUGAUUGGCUGCCCGUGUCUGGAUCAUGGGUGAGAGAUUCAGUUCUGCACUCAUUGUGGGUCAUACAGCUGGGGCAUCUCAAGGUAGCAAAGUACCCAGCAUGCAUUGCUACAGUACUGUCCCAUCAUCUGAGAAGAUCUUGACCCCCCCCCCACCAGCCUAUGCACCCCCUUAUUGCCCACUUAUACUGUGUCCAUGUGUCAGGGUUUUGUAUCAGUGCAAAAUGUUCUUAAUAAUAAACUGUAUGGGUUACACUCUGGGGGUAGGUGGAUAGGGCAGGUAAGUAAGGAAUAGUGGGUAACACGGGAGGGGGGCACAGCAGCCUUACACACUUGGGACAUACCAUUUGUGCAAUCGGGCAGGCAGUUUGGCCCCGUAGAAAGGACAAUAAUAAACACUGACUCGGUCAGUCU